GAUUUAUCAUAUUUAUUCCAUGGACUCUGGGCUUGCUGCUUCUCUGGCAAGUGUAACCGCUGACACGCUGAUGUAAACCCAACCCUAGAAAAUAAUAUUCCCUGUUGCUUGACGCAGACCACCACCCUCGUUACGCGGCCACGCACGCCUCCUUCCACUUCACCGGCGCAUUGCCGCUACCGUGCAGUAACUACUUACCUCACCACCGCCGCCAGUUCAGGUUGCCGCCACUGCCACUGCCUCCGGGAGACGCAGCCGCAACUACCACCGCGGCAGGUUGAGGGUUUUUGAUAUGACAAACACAGAUGAGGCCGAGGCCGAGCCGUCUUGCCAAAUUGCCAUUACCGAAUCCUUCAUCGACGAACACUCCGAAGUUCUAUGGGAAAAGUAUUUGAAAAUUCUGAAAGAAUUUAUAGCCUCCAACGAUGAAGUUUACACAUUUCAUGGUAACUUGUCUGGUGAAGAGCGCAAGGCAGUGGAUCAGUUAUGCCACCUCAUGGAGUUAGGUGUAAGAUUCUGUGGGACUGCAGGUGAGCAGAAAGUAAUUGCUUUCAAAGUGAAUAACGAAGCCUCAAAUCAUAUUCAGGCCGUCCUGUCCAGGAAAAGGAAGAACAGAGAGGACCCAAGCUUGUGUGGUGAGAAUGCAGAGUUUGGUGAAUUGAAUAAAAUCUGGAUUUCCCAAACAUUAGAAAAAUUUGCAGCUUCAAAUGAUGAAGUGUACACUUUUGAAAAUAAAUUGACUGGUCAAGAAGAUGAUUUAGUGUAUAACUUUUGCAGGGAAAGAGGUUUUAUAUAUACUCUUUCUCGGAAUGGGAUUAAACGGAGAGUAUGUGUUCGUAAGACCGGAGAGGAAGUUGACAGUACUACCUUGGUAGAGAAUCUUCCUUAUGUGACUUGUUCAGAUGAAUCAGAUCAGAUUGACAAGCUUAAACAAUCUGAAAAGGAAGUGGAGCCAGAGCCAGAGUCAGCUCAACAUCAGAAUUUCAUUGUUAUUGUUCCUAAAAGGGUUCGGAUUUCCAAGAUAUUGAAAGAUUUUUUAGCUUCAGAAGAUGAAGUCUACAAUUUUGAAGAUGAAUUGUCCACUAGUGAUCGUGAUCUUGUGAGGCAUUUCUCCCGAAAAAUGGGGCUUAGUUGUAACAUUUCUGGAAAGAAAACAUCUGUUCACAAAACCAAAAAGGAGGUUGCUACCACCAGGGUGUCGGGUUGUCAUCCUCACAUCACAUUUCCUGAACAGUCAACUCCGAAUAGAAAGGAGACAGUGGCAUCAGGACAACAAAAUCCCAUUAUUGAUGAAUCAACAAGGAUUCAGAUUUACCAAACAUCAGAAAAAUUUUCAGCAUCAAAAGUAAACAAUUUUGAAGCCAACUUGUCUUCUGAAAAAUGUGUUGCAGUGCAUCAACUAUCCCAGGAAAAUUCGGGGAGUGGGAUGAGGCAGAAAGCAUCUGUGCACGAAACUGAAAAGAAUAUUCACACCACUGCUAAGUUAGAGAAUCUUCCUUGUUUCACAUUUUCUGGACAGUCAAAGCGUGUAUUAGCAAAUUUACUUAAGCAAUAUCCUCCUGGUGAUGAGGAACUCUGGCGAGCCAUGAUUGAAGCAUAUGGUGAUACUACCGAUAGAACAGAAGAAAAGGAAGAUGAUGUUUUCAGGAGGCCUUGUAUGAGCAAAGUUGAAAUUACUAAGAGAUUGGAGAUUCCUUCUAAAGGAACGAAGGAUUCCUUUAAAUUGAAACUGAUCAACGAAAAGAGAUCUAAGCUUCCAAUCACAUUCUUCAAGGACAUCAUUACAUCAGCUGUAGAAUCUCACCAGGUAGUUAUCAUAUGUGGUGAGACUGGUUGUGGAAAGACUACUCAGGUCCCCCAAUAUAUAUUGGAUCACAUGUGGGGUAAGGGUGAGGUCUGCAAAAUAGUUUCCACUCAGCUGCAAUCUUUGUCAGCAAUUUCAGUUUCUAAGAGAAUCUCCAGUGAGAGAGGAGAGGUUAUUGGAAACAAUGUUGGAUACAAGGUACAGUUUGAAAGUGAAGGUGGAAGGCACUCAUCAAUUGUGCUGUGUACUCCUGGAGUUCUAUUGAAGGCUUUGGCUUCUACAGGUUCCCAUUUUUCGGAGAGACAGCAUGUGAAGGGUGACGUUUCUAGUAUUACUCACAUAAUUAUGGAUGAGAUUGACGAAAGGGACAGCUACUCAGACCUCAUGUUGGCAAUCCUCAGAGAGAUCCUGCCUUCAAAUCCCCACCUACGUCUGAUACUGAUGAGUGGUAGUUUUGAUGCUACAAGAUUUUCUCAAUAUUUUGGUGUCUGCCCAAUUAUCUAUGUUCCAAGGCUCACGUAUCCGGUAAAAAAUUACUACUUGGAGGAUGUACUUUCUAUUGUAAAAUCAGGUGGAGAUAACCAUGAGCUUAGUCAAGUAGAAAAGCUGUCUCUAGAUGAAGCAAUACAUUUGGCUUGGUCUAAUGAUGACUGGUGCUCACUAUUAGAGCUUGUGUAUCGUAAAGCUAAGCCAAAGGUUUUUGAUUAUCAGCAUUCAUUAACUGGCCUCAAUGCAUUAAUGGUGUUUGCUGGAAAAGGUAAAGUGGAUGAUAUGUGCAUGCUCUUAUCAUUAGGGGCUAACUGCCAUUUAAAGGCCAAAGAUGGAACAACUGCUUUAGAGAUAGCUGAGAAAGAAAACCAGCCAGUAGCUGUUGAAUUGCUGAAGAAGUACAUGAAUAAGGAUUUUUCUGUCAAAGAAGAGAAAAAUUUACUAGAUAGAUAUCUUGCAACAGCCAACCUUAAAGAUGUUGAUGUUGUUCUGAUAGAACAACUUUUAAGAAAAAUAUGUAUUGAUUCAAAAGAUGGAAGCAUCAUUGUUUUCCUUCCAGGCUGGGAUGAGAUAGUUAGAACACGUGAAAGAUUACUUUCAUCCUCAUUUUUCAAUAAAAGAUCAAAGUUUAAGGUGGUAUCUCUGCAUUCAAUGGUUCUGGCCUCUGAGAUAAAUGAGGCUUUUAUGCCUGCACCCCAUGGUUGUCGCAAAAUUGUUCUCUCUACAAAUAUUGCUGAAACUGCUGUCCCUCUGGAUGAUUUAGUUUAUGUUAUCGAUACUGGGUUUGUCAAAGAAAAAAGUUAUGAUCCUUGCAAAGAUUUGUUUACUCUCCAAUCAUCUUGGAUUUCAAAAGCUAGUGCUAAGAAAAGAGAGGGAUGUGCUAGUCGCUGUCAUCCUGGAGCUUGUUAUCAUCUAUAUUCAAAAGUUCAAGCAGAUUCUUUGUUAGAUUUUCAGGAUCCUGAAAUUAAGAGAAUGCCUAUUGAGGAGCUGUGUUUGCAGGUUAAGUUGUUUGAUCCAAGCUGUAAAAUAGAAGAAUUUUUGAGUCAGACAUUAGAUCCUCCAGGUUUUGAGUCUAUACGAAGUGCUGCUAGAGUUCUUCAGGAGAUGGGGGCAUUGACAGUUGAUGAACACCUGACAGAGCUAGGGCAGAAGUUUGGCUAUCUUCCUGUUCAUCCAUAUACGAGCAGGAUGCUUAUUUUUUCCAUAUUAAUGAAUUGCCUCGAUCCAGCUUUAAUACUUGCAUGUGCAUCUAAGUGUAAAGAUCUAUUUGUGCUUCCUAUUUUACCUGAUGAAAAGAAGAGAGCUGUAGCUGCUAGAUCUGAGCUUGCUUCGUUGUAUGGGGGUUGUGGUGAUCAGUUUACUAUAAUAGCAGCAUUUCAAUGCUGGGUUAAUGCAAAGAAAAUGGGUCUAGAAUCACGGUUUUGUUCUCAGUACUUUGUUUCUGAAAGUGCUAUGAGCAAGUUAGAUGUGAUGCGGAAGAAUUUAGCUGCAGAACUAUAUAGGAAUGGGCUUAUUAAUAGGAGUAGAAAUUAUUGCUCUAAUGCCUAUGAUCCUGGUAUACUUCAAGCUGUUUUGGUAGCAGGGAUGUACCCGAUGGUUGGCAAAUUGGUUUUUCCUUACGGAAGUGGAAAGAAGAUUCUUCUUAACACUAAAAGUAUCGAUAGUGUUUGCUUGAAUAGUCAUACUUUGGAUUAUAGGUUAUCAUCACAGAAAAGUCUUGAUUGCUCUUUUGUUGUAUAUGAUGAGAUUACUAGCAUCGACUGGGACUUGCGCAUAGGGAACUGUACUGUUGUCGGACUACUUCCAUUAUUUUUGCUUUCCAAAGAGAUUGAUGUUGAUCACGCAAAGCAUUGUACUGAUAAUAUAAUCACAGUAAUCAUAGAUGGAUGGCUUAAUUUUGAGUCAACAGCAUUCGAUGCUUUUCACAUGAACUACCUGAGAGAGCUAUUAACGGCAACAAUUAUAUACAAAGUCACAUAUUCCACGGAUGUUCUUCCUCCUGUUCUACAAGCCGCAGUGGAUUCCCUAGCUUGCAUUCUUUCUUGUCAUGGGCGUUAUUGCAUACCACUAGUCUCAGAUUGUGCUAUGAAACAGACUAAUACAAAAAAAUUCCAAACAGAGGCUAUUGAAAAUCCAACAAAGAAAGCCAACAUGACUCUUGAAGGAUUCUGUACAGGGCUUAUAAAUCACAAUGAUUUUCCUUCUAGAGCUAGCAUAUACACAGGUGCAGAAAAGCCUAGGUAUCCCGCAAGAAGGAACACUGAAACAGGUUCAGCUUGUUCAAUCCAGUCAGCACAUCUACCAAAGUAUAGUUAUUCGAAGGGGACUUGCUAUGAAAAGAUCAUGGUUGGGUGGUCCUUUCCUGAUGUGGGAUGGAUUAAAGCUAAUGUAGAUGGGUCUUAUAGGGGUCGUAAACAUCAAACUAGCUGUGCAGGAGUUUUCCGUGAUCACAAAGGUUCUUGGUGUUUUGGGUUCACGUUAAAUCUUGGAACAUUCUGUUUCGGAUCAUCAGAUCCAAUGUGUAGUGGCUUUUGUGUGGAAUCUGAACUGUGGGGUAUCCUGACUGCCCUGAAGCUUGGUAAGGAGAAAAAGAUUUCGAAGCUGUGGAUUGAGUCUGAUUCUUCUACAGCAGUGGACUGUGUUGUGCAAAAACGGGCGGAGAAAAGUGAUGCUUUUACUCCUCUUGUUGAGUCCAUACUUGAGUUGAUGGAGGGAAAUUGGACGGUUCGAAUCUCUCAUUGUUAUCGUGAAGGAAACCGAGUGGCUGAUUGGUUGUCAAAAUUUGGGCAUUCUAAGGAGAUAGGUCUCCAAGUCUACGAUGUCCCUCCCGAUCCCGAUGAUUUGCACGAAAUCUUAACUCAGGAUUCUACUGGAGUUUCUAGACACCGAUAUGUACGUCUUAAGGCAUCAUGACCUAAAUUACGGGUAUCAUUUUAUACCUCUAUUCAUCUGCCAAAUUCAAUCCUUAAUCUUAUGUAUAUUUAAGAAAUGUGUUUAUGGGUUUGCCCUUCGGCUAUGUAUUUAUUUUUUAAUUUCAUAAUAUUUGUGGGGG